CUGCUUGCCGACCUGAGGGGGUUAGAGCACACCUACGGUCAGCGCUGUCCUCUUCCACCUUAUCCCACUUCUCGCAGCGCAUUCCUCUGGCAUCGUACAAAGUGCCUCAUAUUCACCUUCCUCACAUUCGACACCCUGCGCACCUUUGUCCGUCUCUUCGGUCCCCUAGGAACACCAGAAGGACGCAGCAUCUUCUUCCCUUCUCUGCCCCUCAUCCCCCGCUACAUAUUCAGCACCGCCCUAACAGGGGUAAUAGGCACAGCGAUCUACGCCUACGUAUCCACUCUCCACACUCUUCUCUCCCUGCUGUUCGUCGGUCUACUACACGCACCCCCCUCGCUCUAUCCGCCAGUGUUCGACCGCCCUUGGGAACUCACCUCUCUCACCCAGUUCUGGUCUCGCAGGUGGCACCAGCUCUUUCGCAGACCAUUCGUCGUAUGUUCCUGGCCCGGCCGGGCGUUGGCAGGGGAUACGGGUGCGCUGGUCUGUGCCUUCCUGGCGAGCGGGGUGAUGCACGAAGCGGGGAUGAGGUGUAUGGGCCGGGGCGGGAGUGGGUGGGCGACGAUCGGGUUCUUCCUCUUGCAAGGAGUAGGUUGCUCGCUCGAGCAGUCCUUUGAGCAACUCACGGGGAAGCGGGUAGCAGGCACGGGUGGGGCGAUAUGGGCUUGGUGCUGGCUGCUUGUUACUGGCCAGGGGUUUGCGGACGCCUUCUGUACACGGGGGACGCCGGGGGGAACGUUAUACCCCGAG